GUAACAAAAACUACACUUCCCAGGAGAUCCUGCGCUGUCGCAUGUUGGCGCACGCGCACAGCCUUUGUGUCCAGGGCCGGGUAUCAUGGCGACGUACGUGGACAUUCUGAAGAACGAGUUUCCUGGGAUCGACUCGGAGCUUUUUGAUUAUAUCACAGGAGUCCUUGACAGUGGAGGUGCAGACUUUGAGGAUGAAGACGAGGUUUUUGAUGCUAUCGGUGGUGUCCUGCAAGAAGUGUCUGCUGACAGUAAAAACGAGGAUGACGUUAAAAACAUCUGCCUCCAGAUGUAUAACACUCUCAAAAUAAACAACCAUCAUGGCUCUCAGAGGCAGGUGUUACUUGAUGCUCCAGUUCAGCUGUCUCAGAUCACUGCAGACAUAGUUCCUGCAUCCAGAGAUGUUCAGGGUAUCUGGAUGAUGAAACAUACUCAGAACACAACUGUAGAUGCAAAAAAACUGGAGAAGGCCGAGGCCAAGCUGAAAGCUAAGCAUGAACGCAGGAAUGAGAAGGACUCUCUGAAGGCCUCCAGCCCUCUCGUCUUGGAGGAGGCGUCAGCCAGUCAGGCCAGCAGUAAGAAGGACAACCGUGUUGACCAAUCAGGGAAGAACCGUAGCUAUGAUAUCCGCAUAGAAAACUUUGAUGUUUCAUUUGGAGAAAGGUGUCUGCUGCAAGGGGCAGAGCUGUCUCUUGCAACUGGACGAAGAUACGGUCUGAUUGGUCGGAACGGUCUGGGAAAGACAACUCUGUUAAAAAUGUUGGCGAGCCGCAACCUCCGUGUCCCAGCUCACAUUUCCAUCCUCCAUGUGGAGCAGGAAGUGGCAGGAGAUGAUACGAGAGCGCUGGACAGCGUCCUGCAGAGCGACACUGUGCGGGAAGAUCUGCUGCAGGAGGAGAAAAGGCUCAACGCCCGCAUCGCCAACGGAACUGCCGAUGGGAUGGAAAGCAUACGACUCUCGGAGAUCUAUGCAAAGUUGGAGGAGAUUGAAGCCGACAAAGCACCUGCUCGAGCUUCAGUCAUUCUAGCAGGUCUAGGAUUUUCUCCAAAGAUGCAACAGCAGGCAACGAGGGAGUUCUCAGGAGGGUGGAGGAUGAGGCUAGCUUUGGCCAGAGCUUUGUUUGCUCGGCCAGAUCUGCUGCUGCUCGAUGAGCCUACCAACAUGUUGGAUGUCAGAGCCAUCUUGUGGCUGGAGAACUACCUGCAGACAUGGCAGUCCACCAUUCUGGUUGUUUCCCAUGACAGAAACUUCUUAAAUGCUGUGGUAACAGACAUCAUCCACCUGCACUCACAAAGACUGGACAGUUACAGAGGAGACUAUGAAAACUUUAUAAAAACUAAAGACGACCGGCUGAAGAACCAGCAGAGGGAAUACGAGGCUCAGCUGCAGUACAGACAACACAUACAGGUUUUUAUCGAUAGGUUUCGCUACAAUGCCAACAGAGCGGCUCAGGUUCAGAGUAAACUGAAGCUGCUGGAGAAACUACCUGAGCUGACGCCUAUUGAGAAAGAAACAGAAGCAAUUUUAAGGUUCCCAGAUAACUUUGAGAAGUUGUCCCCACCCAUCCUGCAGUUAGAUGAAGUUGAGUUUUACUACAGCCCUGACCAGCCCAUUUUCUCUGGGCUCAACCUAUCAGCUGACCUAGAGUCUCGGAUCUGCAUUGUUGGAGAAAAUGGCGCUGGUAAAUCUACUGUCCUGAAACUGCUGAUGGGCGAGUUGACGCCAGUCCAGGGAGUCAGACAAGCUCACAGGAACCUCAAGAUCGGUUACUUCAGUCAGCAUCAUGUGGACCAGCUGGACUUGAACGUCUGCUCUGUGGAGCUGCUGCUCAACAGGUUUCCAGGUCGGACAGAGGAAGAGUAUCGCCACCAGCUGGGAAGUUAUGGAAUCACAGGCGAGCUGGCGACCAGGCCAGUGGCCAGUCUGUCAGGAGGACAAAAAAGUCGUGUUGCUUUUGCUCAGAUGACGAUGCCAUGUCCAAAUUUUUACAUCCUGGAUGAGCCGACCAAUCACUUGGACAUGGAGACGAUCGAGGCGCUUGCCAAAGCUCUCAACAAGUUUAAAGGUGGAGUCGUCCUUGUGUCGCAUGACGAGCGUCUAAUCAGGAUGGUGUGCAAAGAGCUGUGGGUGUGUGAGAAUGGGAAAGUUGGUCGUAUCGAUGGAGGCUUCGAUGAGUAUCGAGACAUCCUACAUGAGCAGUUCAGAAAGGAGGGCUACCUGUGAUGCUCUGCCUAACGCUGACUGACCUCUAGCCAUUUAAACCCCUCCCACAUCAGACAAAUGUCCCUGCAGCCAAUCAUUGCCACAACUGACCAGGAGAUGCUUCAUCUCUGAACUGUGUCACUUCCUGCUUCAGGCAAUUGUUGCUGCAAGCUGAUUGGAGGGUUCAAAGUAAACUCAGCAGGAGGAGAAGAGGCGGAGGAGCAGGAGGAAGGAGUGAAUUGAAGUGGCAGCAGUUUUAAGAUUUUAUCCUUUUUAACGGACCUGACAUAGUUAUAUUUACGUUAUAUGUAAAUAUACGUAGAUACACUUACGUAUAUUUAUAUUAACUAAACCCAAUAAAAAUCUGAGCAUGUGA